ACAAAGCUCACACAUCAGACAGCAGUGCUUGUGAGCGUUUCUGGAGCUGAAGCUCUUCUCACAGAGGGAGGGACACAGCAGACAGCAGACACCAUGGAGCCCUCCUCAGCCCCCGCCCGCAGAGGGUGCAUCCCCUGGAACAGGCUCCUGCUGGCAGUUUCACUCUUAACCUUCUGGAACCUGCCCACCACGGCCCAACUCACUAUUGAAUCGGUGCCCUUCGUUGCUGCAGAAGGGACGGAUGUUCUUCUACUUGUCCACAAUGUGACAGUGGAUCUUCUAGGCUAUAUCUGGUACAGAGGAGAAAGGGUAGAGGACAACAAACUAAUUGCAUCAUAUAUAGCAAACAUGCAAGUAAAUAUACCAGGACCUGCACACAGUGGUCGAGAGACAAUAUACCGCAAUGGAUCCCUGCUGGUCCAGCACGUCACCCAGAGAGACACAGGAUACUACACCCUGCUCAUUUCAAAGAGUAAUUUACAGCCUGAAAGUGUAACUGGACAACUCCGCAUAUACCCGGUGUUACCCACACCCGUCAUCACCAGCAACAACUCCAACCCCAAGGAGCACGAGGACACAGUAGUGUUAUCCUGUGGACCUGAGACUCAGAACACCUCCUACAUGUGGUCGAUCAACAAUCAGAGCCUCCCUGACAGCACCAGGCUGGAACUGUCCAAGAACAACAGGACUCUAACUUUAUUCAAUGUCACAAGGAAUGACACAGGACCCUAUGUGUGUGAAACUCAGAACCCAGUGAGUGUCGGCCGCAGUGACCCAUUCACCCUGAAUGUCCUCUACCCGGUGGCACAGCCCUCUAUCCAAGCCAGCAACACCACAGUCACAGAACAUAAGGACCCCGCCAUUCUGACCUGCAUCACAAAUGACACUGGGAUCUCCAUCUACUGGUUCUUCAAUGGCCAGAAUCUAGUGCUCACAGAGAGGAUGAAGCUGUCCCCAGACAAUAGCACCCUCACCAUACACCCCGUCAGGAGGGAGGAUGCUGGGGAUUAUCAGUGUGAGGUCUCCAGCCCAGGGAGUGCCAGCAAAAGUGACCCCCUCAGGCUGGAUGUGAAAUUUGAUUCAACACAAGAAAGCUCUUCUGGCCUCUCAGGUGGUGCUAUUGCCGGCAUCGUGAUUGGAGUCCUGGCUGGUGUAGCUCUGAUAGCAGCCCUGGUGUAUUUUCUGUAUAUCAGAAAAACUGGAGGGGCAAGUGACCAGCAAGAUCUCACAGAGCACAAAUCCUCAGACCACAACCACAGUCAGGGCCACUCUGACAAUUCACUUAACAAGGAUGCCAGCAAGCAGAGAAAUGAGUAAUAAAAGCCCUUCUCUGAAGCUAAAAGUUUCAAAGUGGUGAAAGCAUGUGCUGCUGAAUCACACUGGACAAGGUGAGGCCUGGCCUGUGACACAGCUUUAAAUGACUGCUGCUCAUGCCUUUCAGAUUGAUGAAGUUGCAUAUUCUUCCCUGAACUUCAAUGCCCAGGAAUCAGAGAAACCAACUUCAGCCUCCCCAUCUCCAACAGCCACAGAAACAGUUUAUACAGAAGUGAAAAAAAAAUAAUGCAACCAGUCCUGCUCACUGCACUGCUGACUUAUUCCAAGCUUCUCAUCCCCAUCCCUAGGAGAUCCCUUUGCCCUCAGGGAAAAUGUAAAGUGUGUCUUUCACCCCUAAUGAGGCAUAUUCUGGUUGCCUGGUCACAGCCUCUUCCUUCACUGUCAGUAGAUGAAAAUGUACAUCCAGGUGGAGGUCUGUAGGAAACUCAACCUUCCGUGUCAUUGAAAUUUGGCAAAGCAGACCUUGGAAGACAGUUGCCAGAACCUCUGCUCCUCCCCAUUUGCUGACCUAGACCAGUUUUAAACUUGCGUAUUCAGAGCACACUCAUUCCUUUCCACCUCAGUCCUGUCCUACUGGAGUCUAACUUGAAUUUGCCAUAACCUGGAGAAUUAUGCCCUUAUCCACUGAAAUGCAUGUGCCAGAAAAGAAGAGAGAGAAAAAGGAAAAGGAAAAAUUUCUGCUCUCUGAGACCUGGUGUGAAACCACCAUUCACAGUAAAACACAUUCAUAAUCAAUUCUGAACUGCGAAAUUCUACACCUUUGUCCACUUUCAGGGUUGUCUACCUGCAGGACCAGGGCCUAAGCAACUUACUACUUAGCUAGAAUACCACCUAAACCUUUGCAAGCCUGUCUUCAGAGCACAUACAAGAUGCAACUAGAAAACAGCUUCUCAAAGUCCAUAAGUGAAUGCUAAUGGAAAUCGCAAAAAAUGCACAGACUGUUUUAAUAACUUUAUGGGAUUUAUUAAAGGAAAUGCCCAGAGAUGGAGGGGUUAUUGCUUUAGGGGGCAGUCAGCUUUUAUCAGAGACAAUCUGCUGGGAUUUAGGAAAGGAAUUCAUAAAAUUAGCCUGCAGAGGGACUUCCCUGUGGUGCAGUGGUUAAGAAUCCCUCUGCCAAUGCAAGGCACAUGGGUUCAAUCCCUGGUCCAGGAAGAUCCCACAUGCCACAGAGCAACUAAGCCCACGCCCCCUAACUACUGAGCCCACGUGCUGCAACUACUGAAGCCUCUGUGCCUAGCUAGAGCCCAUGCUCCGCAACAAGAGAAGCCACAGCAAUGAGAAACCCGCACAGCGCAACAAAGAGCAGCCCCUGCUCACCACAAGUAGCCCCUGUUGGGCAGCAACAAUGACAACAACAACAAAAAAAAAAAAAAAAGGAAAGAAAAAGAAAGUUACCCUGCAGAAAUUAUUUAAAUAAUGGUUAAAUAAUGUACAAUUUCGAGCACUGGGUUUUUUCCCUUCCUUCUGAGACAUUCCACCACUUAAAUUUUUGUAACUACUUGUUUAUGUGAAAGGGGUUAUGUUUACUUAAUUUGCUACAGAAGCCAACUUGACUGCCUUUGGUGAAGGAAGCCAUCAAAACCCCUCAAGUCCCUCAGGGCCUCCAAAAAGAAAAUAAGAAGAGGCAGUUUUCUACAUUCAUGGCCAGGAAUGGAUCUCACUCAGUUUCCAGGCAUCUCAGACCAAUCAUCAGCACCAUUGUAUUCCGUGUUUCUGCCUGUGUGUGUUCCAAAUGUCUGCCCCACUCACCUGCUCAAGAAACCCUGGUCUCUGCUAAGGUGUGUUUGGUCCUUGAGAAGCAGGAGCGCCCUGAAGGGAACACAACCACCCACGCUGUUAGCAUUGUUUACAGCCUAGAAAGCUGCACUGGUGCAGAUACUCCUUAGGACACAAGGGGAGGAUUAUAACUCAGCCCUUGGCUUCCUGAAUAACCUCUGAAGUUGUUUUCUCCCAUGGGGUCUAUGAGACCCAAUGUGUCAGCAUAAAAAGGAGGGGCGGGAGAAGGAGAGGCAUGUCUACUUCCCACCCAGCCGCCUUCUGCACAGAUGGAAUCGCCUUGGGGCUGUUGAGAGAAAGCUUUUAUUCCAUAUUCAUUACCUGACCUCAUGCUGUGUGGAACUGGCCCCCUCAAAGACGGUGGGUUGGGAGUUCUCUGUACUCAGGUACCUCUUUCAGGGUUUUCUAACCUUGACACAGACUGUAUAUACCUCCCACCAUCCAUGCUAUUCUGUGUAAUUUAAUUUUGCCUGGCUAGGGCCACUUCUGAAUUAUUUGUAAAAUUUGUUCUAUAUUUAUAAUAAAAAUUAGAUAUCAGA